GAAGCACUUUGACCUGCGUCAUAUCCUGUGAAAGAAGGCUACAUGUUUCAAAUGGUUCAUGACUUGAUAGUUUUCUUCGGCACAAAAACUCACCAAAUGUGAUUUUAAAAAAUGAAUUACAUGCCGGGGACAGCCAGCCUCAUUGAGGACAUCGACAAGAAGCACCUGGUUCUGCUGAGAGACGGGAGAACACUGAUCGGGAUCCUCAGGAGCAUAGAUCAGUUCGCCAACCUGGUUCUGCACCAAACGGUGGAACGGAUCCACGUGGGUAAAAAAUUCGGAGACAUCCCCCGAGGGAUCUUCGUGGUCCGAGGGGAAAAUGUGGUCCUGCUGGGAGAAGUAGAUCUGGAUAAAGACUGCGAUCAGAUCCUGCAGAGAGUCUCCAUCGAGGAGAUCCUGGAGGAGCAGCGGGUGGAGCAGCAGGCCAAGCAGGAGUCGGAGCGGCUGAAGCUGCAGGCGGUGAAGGAGCGAGGCUUGUCCAUGCCCAAAGCCGACACGCUCGACGACUUCUGAACGCGAUUUCGCCGUUUUCCGUUCCGGCGUCGUUCCGUUCCGGGCGAAGAGACGUCACGUUUAAACACAUUUGCUACACAAACGUGACCUUUUCUUUUUCUUUUCUUUUUAAAGAGAUUUACAUCACAAAAAUAAUGCGGUGACUGACUUUAUUUUCUUUUUCUUUUUUAAAGCAGUCGCUCUGAAUCGACUGGAGCCGUCCGCCAUCUUUAAUUUCCCUUUUAUGGAAACGGAAAUAGAUGAUGGACAAAAAUAAAUAAAUAAAUAAAUAAAUAAAUAAAUAAAUAAAUAAACAAACAAACAAAUAAACGAGCGGAAGCACUUCAGCGUGCUGGCUUUUAGUUUCUGCGUAGCGUAAAGGAUAAGAACGAAACGUUAAACUCUGUGUUUUGUUUGGUUGUUGUUGGGUUUGUUUUUGUAUGUUGUGUAAAAUCAACACUGUAACACUGAAGAGAUUUCGGUUCGAUUAAAACCUGUUUUGUACAGA